UUUUUUUUACAGCGUGGCUAGAAAAAUUCGAUAUCUUACUGAAGCGCAUCUUUUUCACUACACUGGCAUUCACUCUACUGAUAUACAUGUGAUCGUACAUCAGUGUAAUAUAAAGUGCAUCACAUAACCAUACAUAACGCGAUAUUCAGAAUAAGUGUGUUUAUCUUUUAACAAUUUUAAUUUAAAUAGAUAAAAAAAAAAAAAAAAAAAAAAAAAAGAAAGAAAGAAAGAAAAAAAGAAAAAAAAAACAACAAUACUCUAUUCGCGAGUAAUUUUUAUAAAUGUAAUAGUACGCUAUAUACGAUGUUUGUCAAAUGUAAAGGACAAGAAUAAUUUAUAAUAUUCGUAUAUAUUUAUGCGUCAUACAUACAAUAAAAAUUAUACUUAUAAUACAUAAAUUAAAAAAUAAAAAUUUCGUUCGAAUAUAUUUAUACUUUGGAUAACUUUUACGAAUUAUGGAAUAAUAUUGCCAUAAGAAAUUGUAUAAUUCCGUUUUAUGUAAAUAGAAUUAACACAAUUGAAUAUCAUUAAUAUCAAAAUUUAUCCCAGAAUUAAUGAAAAACAAUACGGAAUGGCUUCAGCAUCGAGUACAAGUGCACGCAGUUUAUUUGUUGAUUCAAAAAUGCGAUUAGCAGAUAGAGUUCAAGUUAAUGUCAAUAAUAUUGCGUCGCUUGCAAGACAGAUCCAAAGGGGUUCAAAAAGUAGUGAAAUUCUAAUGCAUGCUGCAAAAAGUUUUGCGCAACAAGAACAUGGAUUAGAGAUGGCAGAAACAAACUUGAAAAAACUUGCACUUAUUGUAACCCAUUUGGAAUAUCAAAUGGAGUCAAUAGAUAGAAGUUCUGUGUUACUGGAAGAAGUUACCGAACAAGUUCGAGCAAUGCAACGUUAAAAAUUUGUCACAUUGAUAAUUUUAAAUUUAAUAAUACUGUAAAAUUUCUUUAAUAAUUUAUUUUUUAACAUUUUAAUGUCAAAGUA